CCGAAACUUAAGUGCUGUUGAGUUUUAGGCUGUGCAUCUCUCUGUCUGUGUGUCCAUUCAUUGAAAUGGCAGAAGGCAGUUUUUCUCAGGAUCAGUUCAGCUGUCCAGUGUGUCUGGAUCUACUGAAGGAUCCAGUGACCAUUCCUUGUGGACACAGUUACUGCAUGAGCUGUAUUACAGACUGCUGGGAUCAAGAGGAUCAGAAGGGAGUCUACAGCUGUCCUCAGUGCAGACACUCCUUCACUACAAGACCUGCUUUAUUUAAGAAUGUGAUGUUUGCCGAAUUGAUAGACAAACUGAAGAAGACAAAACUUCAAACUGCUCGUCCUGCUCACUGUUACGCUGGACCUGGAGAUGUGGAGUGUGACGUCUGUACUGGGAAAAAAUACAAAGCUGUCAAGUCCUGUCUGGAUUGUCUGAACUCUUACUGUCAAAAUCAUCUUGAACAACAUGAGAAUCUCUUUAAAGAUAGGAGGCAUAAUCUGAUGGAUCCCACUAGACGACUCCAUGAGAUGAUCUGCUCAAAACAUAAUAAACAGCUGGAAAUCUACUGUCGUACUGACCAGAUGUGCAUUUGUUAUCUGUGUACGAUGGACGAACAUAAAAACCAUGAUAUUGUAACAACUGCUGCAGAGAGGACUGAGAAACAGAGUCUUUUGGGAGAGACACAGAGGAAACUGCAGCAAAGAAUCCAGGAGAGCGAGAAGAAGCUUGAGGAGCUGAAAGAGGCUGUGAAGUCUCAUAAGCACUCUGCACAGACAGCAGUGAAGAACAGUGAGAGGAUCUUUACUGAGCUGAUGCGCUCUAUUGAGAGAAGCCACUCUGAGGUGACACAACUGAUCAGAGAUCAGGAAAAGUCUGCAGUGAGUCAAGCUGAAGGACUCUUGGAGCGACUAGAGCAGGAGAUUGCUGAUCUGAGGAGGAGAGACGCUGAGCUGGAGCAGCUUUCACACGCACAUGAUCACAUACAUUUCCUGCAGAGUUUCCAGUCUCUCUCUGCACCUCCUGAAUCUACAGUCUUAUCCAACAUUACUGUCAGUUCUCUCCUCUCUUUUGAUGAUGUGGGAAAAUCUGUCUCUAAACUGAAAGAAAAACUUCAGGAUUUCUGUAAAGAGGAGAUAGAAAAGAUAUCUGAUAGAGUGACAUACAUCAAAAUUAUUCCAUCCAAACAACCCAAAAUCAGGGAGGAGUUCCUGCAGUAUUACAGUCGGUUCACUCUGGAUUCAAACACAGUGAAUGAAAUCCUCCGUCUGUCUGAGGGGAACAGAGUGGUUACUGACACUGGUACAGUCCAGCAGUAUCCUGAUCAUCCACACAGAUUUGAUGAUUUUUCUCAGGUGUUGUGUAGAGAGAGUGUGUGUGGACGCUGUUACUGGGAGCUCGAGUGGAGUGACGGUGUGUAUAUAUCAGUGUCAUAUAAGAGCAUCAGCAGGAAGGGAUGGUUAAAGUGUUUAUUUGGAUAUAAUAAUCAGUCCUGGAGUUUGUUCUGCGCUCCCUCCAGAUACUCAUUCGGGCACAAUAAUAAAUGGACUGAACUCCCCGUGUCGCACAACUCUUCUAGAAUAGGAGUGUAUGUGGAUCACAGUGCAGGAACUCUGUCCUUCUACAGCAUCUCUGACACAAUGACCCUCAUCCACAGAGAACAGACCACAUUCACUCAACCUCUCUAUCCUGGGUUUAUGUUAAUUAAUGGAUCAACAAUCAAACUGUGUCAUUAACAAAAUAUAAGAUAAAGUAAUUCUACAAAUAAUAUUGUCACAUCACAGUUCACAAAAUCAACACUUGUCACUGAUGACACAUCAGAUUUGACAGUAAUUGAAUAAAAACCUGAUCAGCCAAAUUAUAUCAGAACUAAACAACUAAAUAAACCGUGAGUAUGUAUGAUUUUGAAAAGGUGUGUGUGUGUGUGUGUGUGUUAAUGUAAAUCAUUAAUUCAGUUUUUGUUACAGUGUCGUGUAAACGAUUCUUGUAAAAUGUAUUGACAAAUCAAAUGUAACUUUGUAUUGAAACUUGCAUCACUUCUAAUAAAUGUUUAUUUAUAAAUGGUCUAUUUCUAAAAUUUGCACAAACCAAUAAAGCACA